CGCGCACGUGCCCUUGUGACGUCACGGGUCACCGAAGGAAUAUAAGCCGGGACGCGCGUCGAGGAGUAGCAGUCGUGUUGUGUCCGUGACGCGACAAGUUCACCAUGAGAUUGUCAAUUCUGGUCCUGCUGGUGGUCGCCGCCGUCGCUGUGAGCGGCCAGAGCCAGCGAGAAGAGGCGCGGGCGAGACUCCGCGCCCUGGCUCAGCGCGCGCGGGCAGGCGACCAGGAAGCCCAAGAUAGACUGCAGAGUCUUCGCCGUAAGCGUCCCUUGAGACGAAACCAGGCAGUUCAGUCGGAAUCCAUCCCCCGCAGGCCAGUUUUCCAGGGCGCCUCCUUGGCUCCUGUAGUAGAGGUGACAGAGGCACCGGCACCCGUCCCCGCGCCGGCUCCUCAACGCGUCAGGGUCCCAGUUCGGCGCACGCGAGUCCGCCUCCCUCGCCCAACGAAGGCGACGACGCCCCCGCCGCCCCCAAGCACCUUCCCGCCCUUCUCCCCCGUCCAGCUGUUCACCGAGACCACCGAGGAUUCCUUCCUCGCGACGGACCCCGUCACCGAGGCCCCCGUCUUCGAGACCUUCCCCACGGAGGCUGUGACGGAGGCACCCGUCUUCCAGAACGUCAUCGAGCCGAGCCCAGUGCCCUUCAGGCCCCGCGUCAGGCAAAGGCAGCAGUUCCAGAGCACAGACCUGGACUUCGAGCCGCACCGUGCUCUGAACACGGGCCUUGAAAUCGACACUCGCUCCGAGAACAUCAUCCAGCACUCCCGCAUCGACGGCACCACCAAGCCCACCGUGGAAACCAUCCGCCGCUAUUCUUACUUCGACGAACAAGGGAACUACAUCUUCGGCUACGAGGCAGCCGACGGCUCCUUCAAGGAAGAGAAGCGACGACUUGACUGCAUCGUUGAGGGCAAGUAUGGCUACGUUGACCCCGACGGCAUUCGUCGCGAGUUCACCUACACCUCCGGGAACCAGUGCGACCCCAACGCUACCCCGAGCCCUGACGGCGAGGAGGUCGUUCUCCCUCUGAAUGACCAGUUCCUUACACAGACGCAGGAACGCAGACUGUCUGACAGCGAGCUGACCGAGUUGAACUUCAACCGACGCCGCCGCCCCGUCGUCCACCGUCGCUUGCGCCCAGUCAGUCGACCACAGGUCAUCAGGACCCAGCAAGUAGCUGUAGAGGAGCCCGUCACACAGGCCCCGGCUCCUCAGUUCACCACUCCUGCUUCCUUCAACCGCUUCACCACCCCGUCCUCCUUCCGCAGACCAACGACCACCCUCCAGGAGACGAGACCCACCACACCUGAGUUCGUCGAGACCCCCGCACCCACCACGGUCUUCAGACCAGUCACCUCCGCUCCCCGUCAGCCCGUCGUGACUUCUUCAGCAUUCAGGCCAACACCCAAGCCCGUCAGCUUCGACUUUGACCGCGAAUUCAGCAACCUCUUCAGCAACUUCCCUGGUCCUCGCCAGACCACCCGCACACAGCUCUUCACUCAGCCCAAGCCCACGACGCCUUUUACUCCCCGGCCCACACCAGCACCUACGACCAGACCACCACCUCCUCCUCCUCCACCAACCACGAGGGUCCCCGCCACCUUCCCCCCCGCCACCUUCCCCCCUGCCACCUUCCCCCCUGCCACCUUCCCCCCCGUGAGGACCUCCCCCGCCACCAGCCGCCCCUCCCUGGACGACGGGUCCCGGACCCUCGGCGGAGGCGACCUCGCUCCCCAGCUCGUGUUCGACGCCGCCACCGGCACCUUCAAGACCGUGCGUGUGAACACCAAGGCCCGCCCGACGCCACCCCGGCCAGCCGUGCAGACUUCCUUCGCGCCCGCCCCCACUUUCGCUCCCGUCACCUCCGUUCCUGCGGGCCGCCCUCUGCCCGGCCUGAGCACAGGCGGCAGCCCCCUUCCUUCCGUGCCAACUGGGCCCCUCUUCAUCAACAAUCCCGGUCGCUCCCCAGCUGCCUCUGAGUUUGACAAGUUCUUCAGUCAGUUCAACAUUAAGUUCUAA